CUCCUGACGGCUGCCGGGAAAAUUGCAGAGCUCUCCUACGCCAGAGGCUAGAAUUAGCCGGCCCAGCCGCCUCCCUCUGAUUGGCUGCCCUGCAAUCAUUACCCGCCAAAGCCUAUGGUUUGGGCGGCGGAGGGCGGGACGCGAGGUUUUCAUAAUCUUCCCACUAGUCAAAACCCGCCACACAUUUGGAAAAAGUCGCCUAACAUAACCCAUGAGUAUCUCUUUACCUUAUCCCGCAGUUUGCGAUAUCGAAACGGCCGUACGCAAGCUAUUGUGUUUCUUCGCCUCCUCGCUAUCCGAGUUCUUGUGUCAAGUGUAACUCUUUUGUGCAACUCCUUCACUUUGGGGCGGAAUCCUCCAGUCGGCGAACACACGACCCAGACAGACGUUCGCUGCCAUUGCUGUCGCUGAUUGAACUGUUCUCAUCACCGUCUUCAUCUGCUCUACUCACCUUGUGUUGCGGUUUUGCCCUUUCAGUUUUUGGUCAGUGGACAUCUCGUAGCUUAAGUAGCUCUCUGACUUUACAGAGCCUGUUAGAUGUGUUACUGUGAGUAGCUGUGGUGUUCAUUCUUACUUCGGUUCAAGCUGUGGAAAAGUGCGAGGUGGAGCCAAAACAUUAACUUGACAUAGCAGCUACGUUUCAAAGUCGUUGCGCUUCAGUGUGUUACAAGAAUAAAAUGUGCUCCUAGGGUUUUACCAAAGAAGUAAAUGCACAACAGACUUUGAGUUCACCUCCACCGAGUAAACCUGUUUAAAAAUAAAUAACAACAACAAAAUGCUACCCAUGACAUUUGAAAGUGCAUCAUAAACGGUUUAGACUCUGUAUUCUAUUUCAUUUGAGUCCCAUUCCUCAAAUUGGAAAGGGAAAGCAGACGACAUUUCUCAUAGAGGUUUCUUUGGUGAGCGUCUUUCUGCCCACACAUCGGGCGGCAGUUUGUUCUAGUUCAACCCUUUGUGGAGUAAGACGAACAAGGAAGGACAUCUUCUUUCCCCACUGUCUUCAGUUCAUCGGCGCCCUCAGUAUACAAGUGGACGGGGCACGCUUUCCGACGGCACACAAUAUGUCCGUUGUUGGGGAAUCUCACCCCCUUGGAUCAGGAGCACCUCUCGCCAUGUUGGCCGCUCAGUGCAACAAAAUCACCAGCAAGUCCCCGCCCCCUUUUGCAGAUUCACCAACCAACAAAGGCUUCCACCCGUGGCGAAAGGCGGAGCCAGGCAGCCCGAGUCCUUGCGCUGUGAGUGGUCUGUCGGGACAGAAGACGCCCACCCUGACGUCUGCACAGCAUAGCUCCGCCUCCUACCUUGGGUAUGGAAGGUCCAUGGCGUCUGCCACAACUGCAGCUGGAUGUCCGGUGUAUGCAAAUGAGCUGUUUGCCACGCCCUCUCCUGGUGGGGGCGGAGUUUACAGCAGUGACGGGUCACAGUCUCCGGUACAUCAUAAAAUGCACUCUGACAGCACAGCACUGGGCACCCAAGCUCUGGGAAGUGUCUACUCCCGCAUGCACUCUUUGACCUAUGACCCCUGGCCCUUCAACAUGACCAACCCGCCCAGUCACCCGACCAUCAAGACCGAGGUCCCUACUCCCCCGACAGUCAACGGCACCUCGGCCUGGUGGGACGUGCACGCCGCUAGCGCCGGAUCCUGGCUGUCUGACGCGGCUGCCGUGUCUACGUCAUCAGGCGCGGCCGCCCUGCGCUCCCAAAUUUCCCCCGCGUACCCUUCCUCCGACUUCUCGCUCUCGCACGCGCUGGGCUCCAACGCCGCAGCAACAAACGCUCUCCUAUCUUCUGGACAGCACCUCCUGCAAGACACAUACAGCACCUACAAAUCUAUGCUCAGUUCACAGACGGCUGACCUCGGCGCGGCUGCGACCAUGUCUCCGUUUCUCGCUGCAACGCGUUCGGGAAUUUCUGGACUGCCCAGUUCCCGCACCCAGCGUCGCUACACUGGACGCUCCAACUGCGACUGCCCGAAUUGUCAAGAAGCCGAUCGUCUGGGGCCCGCAGGGGAGCACUUAAGGAAAAGGAACAUCCACAGUUGUCAUAUUCCUGGCUGCGGAAAAGUCUACAACAAAACCUCUCACCUCAAGGCGCAUCUGCGCUGGCACACAGGAGAGAGACCCUUCGUGUGUAACUGGCUCUUCUGUGGCAAACGUUUCACUCGCUCGGACGAACUGCAGCGUCAUCUACGCACCCACAGCGGCGAGAAGAGGUUUGCGUGUCCCGUCUGCAACAAGCGCUUCAUGAGGAGCGACCAUCUCAGCAAGCACGUCAAGACACACAGCGAGGGAGGGAAGGAUUUCGACGGAAGCGGAAGUGAGUCCGAGAAUGCUCCAGGUGACGUUGGUGGUGCCCCACGUGACGCCCUCAGUUCCCAUGAUCCUCAUGGCAUGGGAGGAGUGCCCACGCCCCAUCCGGCAGACGUGAAGCCGUUGUAGAUAUUUGACAGAUCAUGUCAAGUGCAUACGUCACACGUUUGUUGGCUUACAUUUUGACGAAGUAGCGUUAAGUAAUAACAAUUACAGUAAUCAUAAUUUCGUAAAGUAUUUGUCUGAGUACAGGAUCAUCAUGAACAAUGGUGGAGAUUGCUAUGGACUCAGUACCUUUGGGCACCACGGAAGCGUAGCAAAAAGCUACAAAGACGGACUUCUUACCGGAACAGUUGUCCGAAAUGACAAAAUGGCCACAACCCAUGAACUCUCAUUAACAUGUACAGCGAUUCAUCUUUUCUCUAGGAAUGAGAAAGGAUCUCAUCGUUUUCAUUGUUUCAUUGAAUUCUGGUGAUUUUGUUCUUUAUAUUUUUAGAACUUGACGAUAGCUAUUUAAGAAGGUAAUGACGUCAAUGCUAAUUAAGGUUUCAUAGAUUUAAAAACUGCUGCUAGAAGGCUUGACCAGCGUGUUUAGAGUGCAUUGGUGUUCUGAAAAAGAUAUAUACGGCAUGCCAUUUUUUAAAAAGAUUUCAAGGUCCUUUUUCUAAUGUUUUGUUCUAAAAUUUUGAAACAAACAGCUAUAUUAUGUUUCCCAUUAGCUUGGGGCGAGCCCAAAUCUUUAACUCAAAUUAUGUGCAAAGAUUUCAUUGUCAAUAAUUUUCCCAGCUGUACAUACACCCACAUAUUCCAUAGGUAUCCAUAGUAAUUAUCAUUCUUACAGCAUUGGAAACUCUAUAAAGUCCACUGUGACCCGGCAGCAAAAUGUGGCGGGUCACUCAGCCUUGAAAAUAUAAAAUACAAACGAACGUAGUUAACCAAGAAGGGAAAAUAUAGGGUCUAUGAAAAUAAGCCCCCUCUAAUAAACGUUUUUUUGCACACUAAAAUCGUUAUGUGUUACUUUGUCCCCCCCCCCCCCCCC